UGCCCGCGGAUGGCUGCUGGGGCGGAGAGGUUCGGAGGUUUCAGGGGCAUUUUGUCCUUUCCCACCUCUGGGGCGUGGGCUCCCCCUGAACGAUCCCGCGGGUCCUUCCUGCUCUGACACCCCCGGGUCUGGCUCCACUUCCCCCAGCCCGCAGCUCAGCCGCGCGCCUCUCCAGCUCGUCGAUGACCGGCUCCCGGCCGUGACACCGGCCCUCCCUCGGAGCGCACGCCACCAGGGGCAUCUGUCCCUUCGCGGGGGUGUCGCCGCCCCUCGGCGCCGCCAAGCGCUAGCCGCUGAGCCCUGGCGCCCCUGGCAGGAGCACGGCGAGGACGCCUCCCCGGACUGCACCGCCGCCCUGCGCACCCGGGGCGGCGCUACGGGGCGCGGAGGGCGGCUGCGGGCCGGGCGGGCGCGGCGAGCAGACACAGCUGAGGGGACGCCGCUGAGGGCGCGGCGCGGGGUGCGCGGCCGGGGCGCCUCGAAGGGCCAGUGGCGAGGGGCGCGGGCGCCGCCGGAAGCUGGGGCGGGGCGCCCGGCGGGAUGCGGUGAAGGGCGAGCGGCGAGGCGGCGGCGAUGAGUGCCUCUGCGGCCACCGGGGUCUUCGUGCUGUCCCUCUCGGCCAUCCCGGUCACCUAUGUCUUCAACCACCUGGCGGCCCAGCAUGAUUCCUGGACUAUUGUAGGGGUUGCUGCCCUCAUCCUGUUCCUGGUAGCCCUGCUGGCUCGUGUCCUCGUCAAAAGAAAACCCCCCCGGGACCCGCUGUUCUAUGUGUAUGCAGUUUUUGGAUUUACCAGCGUGGUGAACCUCAUCAUAGGACUGGAGCAAGAUGGAAUCAUUGACGGGUUCAUGACACACUACUUGAGAGAGGGUGAACCAUAUCUGAACACUGCAUAUGGGCACAUGAUCUGCUACUGGGAUGGCUCUGCUCAUUAUCUGAUGUACCUGGUGAUGGUGGCAGCCAUAGCAUGGGAGGAAAGUUACAGAACCAUUGGCCUAUAUUGGGUUGGAUCUAUUAUUAUGAGUGUGGUUGUUUUUGUGCCAGGAAACAUUGUAGGGAAGUAUGGAACACGAAUUUGCCCUGCUUUUUUCUUAAGCAUACCAUAUAUUUGUCUUCCUGUCUGGGCUGGUUUCAGAAUUUAUAAUCAGCCACCAGAAAAUUAUAAUUACCCCUCGAAGGUUAUUGAAGAAGCCCAAACAAAAGACCUGCUGAGAAGACCGUUUGAUUUAGUGUUGGUCGUGUGUCUCCUCCUGGCAACUGGAUUUUGCCUGUUCAGAGGUUUGAUUGCUUUGGAUUGCCCAGCUGAGCUCUGCCGAUUAUAUACGCAAUUUCAAGAGCCCUAUCUAAAGGAUCCUGCUGCUUAUCCUAAAAUUCAGAUGCUGGCAUAUAUGUUCUAUUCUGUUCCUUACUUUGUGACUGCACUGUAUGGCUUAGUAGUUCCUGGAUGUUCCUGGAUGCCUGACAUCACAUUGAUACAUGCUGGAGGUCUGGCUCAGGCCCAGUUUUCUCACAUUGGUGCUUCUCUUCAUGCUAGAACUGCUUAUGUCUACAGAGUCCCUGAAGAAGCAAAAAUCCUUUUUUUAACAUUAAACAUAGCAUAUGGAGUUCUUCCUCAGCUCUUGGCCUAUCGUUGUAUCUACAAACCAGAGUUCUUCAUAAAAACAAAGGCAGAAGAAAAACUGGAAUAAAAAUAUUACUUCAUGUUCUUCCUUUCUAAAUUGCUGACUUUUGUUAUACUGGUACUGUUAUUUUGUCCCAUUUCACUCUCUUCCCAUAUAUGAAUGCUUAAGAAUAUGUACAUUCUUGCUCUGCACUGUAUGUGUGAGCUAUAUGGUAUUGUGUGAGUAAAUUUUUUUUAAAGGAAAACUGAAAUUCUUGAGAAACAGUUUGUGUAAAGAAAUAGAAUCAUUUGUGAAUAAAUGUGACCAUCCAUCUCAA